AGAGAUAAGACUGAUCCACUUUAAUUCCUUCCUUUUCCUCAAUUCGUUAACCAAAUCGAAUUAGGGCAUCUUCCCUUCUCUAUCGGCACUCUCUCGAAGUUCAGUCCCUCACUUUCUACUGCUACCGCACCCAAAAAUGGAAGGAAAUCUUGAAAUGGAUGCAUCUCUGAAGAAUGAGAAUGAAAAGCUGGACAAUGAUGAAAAUGAUUCUGGUGAAAAAAUGAAUAUUCAAGGGUUUGGACAAACAUCGCCUACAGAAGUGCAAAUUCCUGAGGUUGGUAUGGCUUUUCUGUCCUAUGAAGAAGUGCGUAAAUUUUAUAAUCGGUAUGCACAAUCUGUUGGCUUCAAUACAGCGAAAGUUAGCACCAAGAAUGGAGAUGAUGGAAAGCAAAAAUAUUUUUCGCUGGCAUGUGCUCGAAGUGGUAGGACAGCCACUCCGACAGCUGGGAAGAACUCCUCACGUGCAAGGAAUUCUAGUAAGACUAACUGUAAGGCCAGGAUGAAUAUUGCAGUAUAUGAUGAUGGAAGGUAUGUUGUGACUCGUGUCUGUCUUGAUCACAAUCAUGAACUUAAUCCAGGACAGCCUCGAGAAUUUAGAUGCAGUGAGAUGGUCACCUCUCAACUCAAGAGAAAGUUAGAAGUAAAUGAUUCAGUUGUUGAGAUGGAAUGCAGCAAUAAUAUCGCAAAUGCAAGACUGUUGACUCUUGGGAAUGAAGAUGCGGAAGCGUUAAUGACAUAUUUUUAUAAAAUGCAGGCUCGAAAUUCAAACUUCUUCUAUACGAUUGAUAGGGAUGAGGAAUCUCAUAUAAGAAAUGUUUUCUGGGCUGAUGCAAGGUGCAGGGCAGCAUAUGAGUCUUUUGGUGAUGUGAUUUUUUUUGACACCACAUAUCUAACAAAUGGUUAUGAUGUGCCACUAGUUAUGUUUGUCGGCAUGAACCACCAUGGCGAGUCUGUGUUGUUUGGUUGUGGUUUAAUAUUGGGCAAGGAUAAAGAUACUUUUGUCUGGUUGUUUAGAUCAUGGUUAACAUGUAUGUUGGGCCAUUCUCCGAAAGCUGUAAUCACAGACCAGUGUAGAGCUGUCCAGGUUGCGGUUAGAGAAGUUUUUCCAGAUUCUCGGCACUGUCUAAGUCUUUGGCAUAUAAUGAAAAAGCUUCUGACAAAAUUAAAAGAGCUUGCUCAGUAUAAAGCAAUCAAGAAGAUUUUGAAGAAUAUCAUUUAUGACUCCAUUAAACCUAGUGAUUUUGAGGAAAAUUGGAGAAACUUGAUUGAUGAACACAAUUUACAUGAUAACGAGUGGUUGAAGUCUUUAUAUGAUGACCGUCAUCAUUGGGCCCCAGUGUAUGUGAAGAAGACUUUUUUGGCUGGGAUAUCUACAACUCAAAGACGAGAAGAUACAGAUGCCUUUUUUGAUAGCCAUGUUCAAUCAAAGACCACAGUGAAGCAAUUUAUUGAGCUUUAUGACAGUGCGAUGAAAAGUAAGAUCAUGAAAGAGAACAAUGCAGAUUUCGCCUCUCUUAACUCUUGCAAUCCAACAAUAACAAAUUAUCUCAUCGAAAAGCAGUUUCAGAAAAUUUAUACUAAUGAAAUUUUCAAGCUCUUUCAGGAUGAAUUAAGAGGAUUGAUCUUUUGCAAUGCCUCUUUUGUAAUGACAGAAGAGCUUAUUUCAGUAUUUGAGGUGACAGAAACUAUAUUGGGUAAAGAUGGAAUGUUCUCUAAAGAGAUGAAGUUUGAGGUACUCUUUAAUGAAGCUGAUUGUAAAGUGCAGUGCUUAUGCCAUCUCUUUGAGUUCAAGGGGAUUCUUUGCAGGCAUGCACUAUCUGUGUUUAUCAAGAAAAAGGUGAAUGAGGUUCCCCCUUGUUAUGUUUUAGAAAGAUGGCAGAAAGAUAUAAAGCAUGGGUACGAAUUUCUGAAUUGGGUGUACGACAAUGUUGAUAGCGAUGAUCAAGAUAAGCGGCGCAUGAAGUUGACUCCAUUGUUGCUUGAUCUUCAACAGCUUGGUGUGGACUCAGACAAUAAGUGUGAUUUUCUUAUCCAAUUGCUCGCAGAGGCAAAGAGCAAGCUCCUUUCGGUUGAUUAUACCGACGGUUGUAAACAGAGCAUCGAAAAUGAGAAAGAGAUGGACAUUUAAGCAUGAACUGGCUCUGGAAAAUCAAAAUUUUAAUUAUCUUUAGUUGCUGCUUGCAUUAGGCUCUGCCGUGGUUCUUUAAAUCUGUAUUUCUGGUGUCUCCGGAGACCUACGCGUCAGUCAUUGCAAACCAGCUGGUACGCUGCUGCUGUUGUGGUGUUUUAGUCAUCUUUCUAAGACUUCUCUCUCAAAAAGUAUGCCUGCUUGUUUCCUUAAAAUUGCACAUUGAGUCAUUUUUAUUUAUGAAUAUUUGUUUAUUUUUGGUACAUUUAACAAAUAGUUAAAUUCUUACCUUUCUGGGUAGGCAAGAUUGGUCAUUGCAGCUGAAAGCUGCACACCCUGAGUUGUACAAAAACUAUCACAGAAAUUGUGAGGUCGUCACCGAAGAAUAUUUACUUUUGCCUUCAUGAGGUAUAUGAGGCGCCACUUAGUCCGAGCUUUUUAGUCAUAAAUGGAGUUUGAUGCAUGUGAAGGUCACUUGUUUUUCCUUUCAUUAUUCUUUUGGAAAGGUAGCGUGCCCAUACUUUGAUAUAAUUAGCUGGGAAGAUGUUUUUUAAGUUUGACCCUUAUCAAAUCGGGCAGUUAUUGACAUGGAGCAAUGCUGGAGUCGAGUUUUACUUGUAAGUUGCAAGAAGCAUUCUUCAAGGCCCAUCGAAGCUAUUUGUGUUUAUUCUGCAUCUAUAAUUACUGUUUCUGAGAAUAUUCUGCAAUGGUCUUGAUGAUGUGUCAACUUGGGUUGAAGAAUAACUUUUCUUCCAGCGAACCUUUCCGCAGGAGAAACCCCUACACCCAAAACAUGCAGUUUACUAAGGAAAAUGGUGCUGCAAAUCAGAAUAUUACGGUAAUAGAAUAACUAGCAUUCUAACCCCUUCUUAGGGCUGUGGGCUUGGAGAUGUGCUCCAAUGGACAGAUGGGCUCCCCUCCCCGUGUGUCGAGAGACAACGCGAUUCUAAGAGAUGACUGUUUGUGUAGAUCCUCUCUUUGGGAGCAUGUAACAGUGGUCUGAUGGUAAAGGUGCUGGUGUCAGGUGUUCUGGUGUUCUUACCAAUGAGGCCUAGAUGCUUGGGUUUUCAUGCAGUGUUCUUGGCCUCAGAAAUUGAUGCUCGGGCUACACUUUAACCUUGGCUGGUGCUCUCGACCAUGAACAUAGGUGCCUGGGCAACACUGGCCUCAGGUUUGGCUUGGGUUCUGGCCUUAAUAUUUGGUUUUCUUUGGGUUUUGAAUUCCAUCAGGCUAAUCUCUUUACAAUAAGGGUCUAGUCUUUAUACAAUGAUUCAGCUUCUACCGUUUGUAUUACCCUUAUUCUGGCAGUGAUAUCCAAUUGUGGAUUUUAUUGCCUCUCAAUAAAUUGAUAAUUUCUUUUGCAUCA